AUGGUAUUUCCCCAAUUCACUCCAGCACAGCCAAAUGCAUUGCGAAUACUUAAUCGUAAGUAUUCCGAUAUGCAGACGAUGCGUUGGACUGUCGAAAAGCCAAUAAAUGACUCGCAGCGCAACUCAACUGCUUGGGAAUUGGCGAACAAAUUUUGCAAAAGUUCAUCUAUACAUGGCGUCAAUCGACUACUGAGUGACUCUACGAACAAAUACGAGAGGUUAAUUUGGAUAAUAAUCGUGCUACUUGCUUUUUCAGGUUACAUUUACGUUUGCCUAAUCAUUUCAAAGCGUUUCAAUGAGGAACGUUUCGAAACUGUAAUUGAAAGCACACGUUUUCCAGUCUACAGAUUGCACUUUCCCGUUGUCACAAUAUGUAAUCUGAAUCGACUCAACUGGGAACGCUUGGAGGCAGCCAAGGCGAAAUUUUUACCUGCUGAAGAGUCACAGGAGAAAAUAGCUUUAUUCGAGAAAAUAAUUGCUGCAUACGAUGACAUUGCUUUUGCUAAAUUCGAUCGAUUUGCAGUGUUAGAGCAUGAACCCUUAGAACUCCUAAAUCAUAUCAAUUUCACUUUGGUAUUUGAUUUUAUGACGUGGCGUUGCGAUGAACUGUUGACAUCUUGUAUUUGGCGUCAUUACGGCCUGGACUGCUGCAAAAUAUUUCUCAAACGUAAGACGAAACGGGGUAUUUGCUAUGCUUUCAACACGAUGGAGACUGAAGAAGGACGUAGCUUGCAACGCGCUGAUCCAUUUUAUCCGUGGCGUACUGGUAGUUCGGGGCCCACUAGUGCUCUGACUUUACGCGUACUUAUAAAUAAACAUAAACACUAUCCCAAUAAUACAAAUGAUAAAGGCAUAAAUGUAAUGAUAAAUGAACCAAAUGUCUGGGACAGUGACAAUUUUAAUGUACCGAUCGAUACCAGAGCGAUGUGUAUACUGGAGCCCAUUAUGUAUUUUUUCGAUAAAGCGACACGUAGCAUAUCAUCCUCGCAAAGACAUUGCGUAUUUUCUGACGAAAUAACGAGUGCUAAUUUUAAAUCAUUGCCGGGCUUCAUAUACAUGUUUGAGAAUUGUGAGUCCCAGUGUCAUCAGGAAUACAUGAUGCGUUUUUGCAAUUGUACCAUGGACUUACUAUUUCCAAUGGAUUUUGUGCGCUACUCACAUUUGCAAGACGAAGAAAAAUAUGUCAGAAAUCACUUUCCAGGAAUGGUCUGUGAGUGUCUGCGGAAUUGCUAUUCUCUCUUCUAUAAUCCAUACUUGCGUACAUUGUACUUGCCGGAAAGAUUACGCGAGAAUGAGUCAUAUGUCGACUUGGAUGUACACUAUCGCUUUAAUACAUUAAUGCUCUAUCGGACACGUCUAGUUUUCGAUUGGGUUGACUUAUUAGCUGCUUUCGGUGGUAUUGCCGGACUAUUUCUGGGCUGUUCAUUGAUCAGCGCGGUGGAAUUGCUUUAUUUUUCCCUUAUAGAGCUGCCACAUUUUAUAAUUGAUGAAUUAAAAGAAAAAUGGCAACAAUGGAAAUUUUUUCAAAAAUUCCGAUGGCUUGGAUUAAAGCAAAGAAUUGUAACACCACAGAGCACCCAUAAUGUAAAAGAUAGUUACUACUAAAUUCU